CGUCGUUCCCAUGGCAACUGAAGAGUCCUUACCACCCGGCUGGUCUCAGAGCGCGCUGGCGUCUUGGAUUUAAGGUGGCCUCAAACGCUGAGCCCACGAAGCUAGCGCGGUGGAACAACGAUGCCCAGUGAAACUCUCUGGGAAAUUGCAAAAGCCGAAGUGGAAAAACAUGGAAGUGGAGGUGAAGGUGAUGGCCUUGAAAUUGGAGAAAAAUCUGUUUUCUUCAUUGGCAGUAAAAAUGGGGGAAAGACUACUAUUAUUCUAAGGUGUCUUGACAGGGAUGAGCCACCAAAACCAACCUUAGCUUUGGAAUAUACAUAUGGAAGAAGAGCAAAAGGGCAUAAUACACCGAAAGAUAUUGCUCACUUCUGGGAACUAGGUGGAGGAACGUCUUUAUUGGACUUAAUCAGCAUCCCCAUCACAAGUGAUACCUUACGGACAUUUUCUCUUGUUCUUGUUUUGGAUCUUUCAAAACCUAAUGACCUUUGGCCCACCAUGGAAAAUCUGUUGCAAGCCACAAAAAGCCAUGUAGAUAAAAUGAUAACGAAGCUGGGCAAGACCAAUUCUAAAGCAGCUUCUGAAAUGAGACAGAAGAUGUGGAGUAAUCUGCAGAAGGACCAUCAAGAUCGUGAAUUAAUCGACCCAUUUCUAAUACCUCUGGUCAUAAUUGGAAGUAAAUACGAUAUUUUUCAGGAUUUUGACUCUGAGAAGAGGAAGGUUAUAUGCAAGACCCUUCGAUUUGUUGCACAUUAUUAUGGAGCAUCGUUAAUGUUUACCAGUAAAUCAGAAGCUCUAUUACUAAAAAUACGUGGAGUUAUCAACCAGUUAGCAUUUGGCAUUGACAAAAGCAAAUCAAUAUGUGUGGAUCAGAAUAAACCACUGUUUAUCACAGCAGGAUUGGAUUCUUUAAGUCAAAUAGGAUCUCCUCCUGUUCCUGAUAAUGACAUUGGAAAGCUUCAUGCCCAUUCACCAAUGGACUUGUGGAAGAAAGUGUAUGAAAGGGUCUUUCCACCAAAGAGUAUCAACACACUAAAAGAUAUCAAGGACCCUGCAAGAGACCCUCAGUAUGCUGAAAGUGAAGUUGAUGAAAUGAGAAUUCAGAAGGAUCAGGAACUGGAACAAUACAAAAGAAGUUCUUCCAAGUCUUGGAAACAAAUUGAGCUUGAUUCUUGAACCUCAUUCAACUACAGUGUAUUUAUUUCUUCUUUCCAAAAAAAAAAGUAAGUUUAUUAAUUAGCUAUAAUGGUAAUAAGUGAAGGAAGCCAUGUAAUUUGUUAAAGGAAAAGUGGCUUUUCUUGUAUUAGUGCAACACUCUGGAUACUUUUAAGUCUUUUACAAGGGGAAAGAGUGUAAUUACAUGCAGUAUUUUUUAAAAUAAAAAGAAUCUUCUUUCUCUAA